AGCUCAGCUAAAACAUCCAAUUCCUCCUGUUUCCGACGCCGGUUACCUCAGUUACAGAAGAGUACGAGGUGGAGCAACAGAAAAGCUUGUAUCUUGAAUACACAUGGAAGGAAGUGGAAGUCAAAGUUCGAUAAUUCCUGAAUCGGUGAUGGAUUCAGUGAAGAACACGCUUGUAAACGCCGAACAAGUGAGAACCCACUUGCUCCAAAUCUUGUCUCUCGCCGAACCUGAUGUCCUCGCUCUAAUGCCGCCUCUUCAACGCGCUCAAUCUUUGUUCUUGCUUUCCAAAGCGACUACAACACUGUUCACUUUGAGGUUGAGAUGCAGUGGAGUUGACCCAGAUGAUCAUGCUGUUAAAUCCGAGCUUGAGAGGUUAAGUUUGUAUCAAGACAAACUAAAGCGGUUCAUAGACUGGAGUAAAGCACCAUUAUGGCGUUCCACUACCUUAAAUUCUCAGGCUGCAACCCGUUUUAUUGAGCAUUCUUUGCCAGAUCUUACCCCUGCACAGAGGCAAGGUAUGAGGGAUAUAAGUCGAGGACAGGGUCCAAAGAUCAAGUAUACAGAGAGGAGCGUCCAAAAGAAGAGAAAACACCGGUCAUCUGAAAAACAAUCUCAAUCUGUUCAGGCUGCUGCAAAAGAAUUUCUUGAGAAGGCAGCCCGUGAACUCUUUGGUGACAAUGACGGUGGUUUUAAGGGGCCUCUACAGAUUGACAAUUUGGAUAAAGAACCUGUGGAAUGAUCUCCUUAUAGUCACGUAAUGGUGGAAAAUGCAGACUGACGUUGUGAGCAUCUUGGAUACCAUAACUUUUAAUCUUCACUAUGGAAUAUUGAGUUAGCACCUACAGGUAUCAUCACCAUUUUCUUUAUUGUAUUUGAGGU